GUUGAAAGGUAAUGUGUUUUCGUUUAAUAUUUUGCCCAUUUUAGCUGUUCAGUCUUUGUAUUCAUAUAGAUAAUAAUUUAUAUAUAUGACAUUAUCAUGAAGUACUAAUGGAAGAUUAUUUCAGGUUGGAUUUAUAUAUCUAAUUUUGGUAUGCCACAGCGAGUCAUUUUAUUAGGACCAAAGACUACUAUAGUAUACCAGCUAAUUUUAUUGGGACUAUCGAUGCUACCGCCACUUUGACAGUUUCCCACCCAUUUGACAACUACCAUAUUGACAUUGACAAUUUUAUAAUAAUAACAGGCCUACUACGGGAGUGUCGGCAUCUUCCCUACUAAAUUAAAUGGCAGACAGAAUGAGGAUUGUUUGUUGUUUAAAAGCCGGUUGUUGUGAAAACUAAUAUCUAAAACACAUAAGUGAUUUAACAAAUGUUCAAAGAUUUAUAAAUGUAAUAUUGUGAAAAAUGGCUGUACAAACAUCAGAUCAUGAUUUGUUUGUUGAACAAUUCUUAUUAGAAGAUGAAAAUAAUGUUAUGCCUUUACCAGAUAUUGAAGCUGAUCCCCAACUUUUAAUUUCGAAGGUUCGUAAAUACUACAUGGAGUAUAUCAUAAGACUUCUUUCGACUAACUAUGAAACACACCAAAAGUUAGUCAACAAAAACAUAUAUCUUCCUAGUGCCAUAUGGAGGUGUGCUAAAAAAUUAGAAGUGACUGCAGCCCAAGCUUGUAUGGUGGUACAAAUAUACCGGAAAAAUAUUAUUUCUGUGAUAGAGGAGUUAAAAAGAGAUACAAAGAAAGGAAAAUUAAAUAAAAACUUAUAUAAUUGUCUUAAUAAACCACCAGAAAACAGUAAGAAAACUCAAACCCCAAGCACACUUAUGAAUAACAAUUGUCAAUGUGGCUAUAGUAAACGUAAAAGACAUGGAAUGUCUGAAUCACCAAAAAAUAUUGAAAAGCAAAUGCCUAAUAUUAUAAGUGAUAAAAACAUGAAUAAUGAUAAUAGUAUGACAACUACGACUUAUGUGACUAAUAAUACUCCUCACCCACCUAUUUGCCCCAUGCAGACAGAAAGUGAAACAGUAACUCAGGUUACCAGUUCCACAACAAUGCCCAUGCCUACCAAAAGAAUGUCAGUUGAAUCUCAAGAUUCUGACGAGUUAAUGAUGCAGCUAGAGAAACUCUUCCAAGGAGAGACCAAUGAUGAUGAUGACUUAUUUGAUGGUGCACUUUUAUUCGAAAAUAAAACUGAGACAGUUCAAGAAGAUUCUACUAAAAUAAGUUCUAAUGUAUUGGAUAACAAUUUUAAUAAUAAUUUCCACAAUCAGGAUUCCAUUAUUGAAAACCAUGCUGCCCAAAUAAAAUCAUUAGAUGAGAGGCUUGCUAACUUAGCAGGACUAUUGGUAGCCAACGAUCAUCCAGUACACAAGACUGAAGUACAAAAAAUGAGAAGAAGAGUAACAAGCAAAUGGAUAUGUGAAGAAUAUUUUUUAAAACAAAAGUUACACGAGUUGCUGGACCAAAUAGGUGACAGAGAUAGAAAAGAACUAGAAAAGGUAAAGCAAAAAUUUGUGCAAUUAUUUGGGCCUGACGGUGAUGAUGAAGAAAUCUUGUCUCCUUUAGAUGAGACAAAUGAGUUUAUCACCAGUUGUAAAGAGAGAAUUGCACCAUGGGUUGUGAAACUUCUAACACCUUAUUAUAUACGGGGCCAUAUUAAGGGCAAAUUAAUAUUUAAGGCUCUAGCUAAACACUUGAUCAGGCUUAUUUAUCAGUGCAGCAGAUAUCCAGAACAGUAUGAGGUGAACAGUUUUGUGUCUGAUUUCUUGAAAAACCACAAAACAAUAAGGUGUGAAGCAGACUUCAAAGAAUUCAGGAUUGAAAAUAUUUAAGUGUAUUUUUGUACUUGCAUAUCUUUGUUAUCUCUGUAAAGAAGUGGCCUACAUUUAUUAAUGUGCUUCUAAACAGGCAAUAUUUUUCUGUAAUAUGUGACUACAACACUAAACAGUAUUAACCAAACUAUGGGAUAUUGCAGUUAUAGCCUGAACAUUCAUCCAAACUUAUGUGGCUGUGCAAUUAGUUGCCAAAGAAGACACAUUUAUAAAUUGCAGAGAAAUAUUGGUCAUUUAGAAGCACCUUUGAUAUUAAAGUAAAUUGAAUAUAACACCAAAAUGACCAACCAGCCUUUUUAACAUGUGAAUCACAUUAUUUUUUGGCAGAUUUAUUGGUGCCUUAAUGAUUUAAGGUUGAUUUAAGCAACUGAAAAUGAUAGUAUUAUAAAAAUAAUUAUAAAAGGCUGUGUUGACUAGCUAAUGUAUAUAGCGAGAUUUGUGAUCAUAAAGCUUGUGAUUGACAUCUUACUCCAAGGAGUUAAAAAUAAAUAUAAUUAUUACAUUU